AUGAUCACUUUUGAGGACAUGGGUCAGAUUUACGGGAUCGGCAGGGAAGAUUUUUAUCGUUACCUACAGGUUCGGAGCUACUUCCGGAAGGAAGUUAGAACGCCUGACGCAGUUGUUAGUGGGGUGAUCCAAAUAUUUAUGGAUGCUUAUGACUCUGUCAGGCUGCUGAAUGGUUCCAGUCUGUGUUCAGGCAGACUGCAGGUGAAGUCUAACCAGAGAUGGUCCUCAGUGUGUGAAGAAGACUUUGACCUGCAGGAUGCAGAGGUGGUCUGUAGGGAGCUUGGCUGUGGGCCUCCUUCGCUCCUCCAGGGGGCGCUCUAUGGAGAAGUGGAGGCUCCAGUGUGGAGCAGAGAGUUCCAGUGUGGAGGCCAUGAGUCUGCUCUCCUGGACUGUAGAAGCUCAGGCUCAGUGAGAAACAGCUGCUCACCUGGCAAAGCUGCUGGACUCACCUGCUCAGAGCCUGUCAGGUUGGUGGGAGGAGCCAGUCGCUGUGCAGGUACACUGGAGGUAAAACAGGGACUGUGGAGAUCUGUGGAGGCCUCAGGCUGGACCCUGAUGGAUGCAGCUGUAGCCUGCAGAGAGCUGGACUGUGGCUCUGCUGUUUUAACAGGAAGCAGAAAUGCAUCCUGGGAUGGAUCAACGUGGAAGAUCAAACCUGGCUGUGUUAAAUCUGGAUCUACACUGAGGGAGUGUGCCACAUCAUCCCAGUCACCCACCGUCCUGGAGCUCAUCUGCUCAGACCUGCUGGUUCAGCCAAUCAUCUCAGCGUCCUUCUCGUCCAAUGACAGGGACUCCCAGGUCCAGCAGCAGGAGUCUUCUUGGGCAUUAAAAGGCUCCAGCUUCACCAUCAGCUGCUCCAUCCAGCCUCAGUAUCCAGGAGGCUCUUUCCAGCUCACCUUCACCUCCUCCAACACCAACAACAACUACACCCAGCCAGCUGUCAAUCACUCUGCCCACUUCCUGUUCCCUGCUGCAGAGCCCGCCCACCAAGGAACCUACAGCUGUGUUUAUCACAUCUUCGUGUUUUCUCGUAGCUUCUCCUCUGAGAGCCGUCAGCUGUCUCUCACUGUCUCAGAUCCAACAGUGUUUGUCAUCAGACUGCUGCUCCUGCUGCUGAGCCUGCUGCUCUUCAUCUCUGCCGUCUGUUUCAGCCAUAAGGUCACCGGGAGACAGGAGCCCCGCCCACAGGAGGACCCGGAGCUGGAUGGUUAAAGCUGGCAGUGUCCAGAAAAGCAGGCAGCUCAGCAGCGCCUCCACAUGGUGGAGGAAGUGUUUGCAUCCUUCACCACAGUGUGAACAUGAUGUACAACCACAGUAUCACUUAUACUUUUGCUUAUGCUGUAUCGUGAUUGUGAUGAUGGUCGUGAUUAUUAGUUUUGCAUUUAUAUUAUAUUCUUAAGAAAAAAAAGUUUAACAUUUGAUGGUAUCAGACACGUCGGGCACGUGUGAGCUGGUGUUGUGGUUGGACACAGGUGAACUAAACCUUUUAAGGUGGAUCUCACCACAGGACACUGUGCUCAUUAAGUUCACUCUCAGCAUGACAGCAAAGACGUUCCACUGGAGCUGUUCGAUCCAUCCAUCAGCAUGCAUGUUUGAUUACAGUGCUUUGUCUGUAGGUUACAUAUUAAUGUAAUUUUUACUUGUCCAUACAACAUGAUAUGAGCCAGGAGUCAUAAACGUGGGGUCCUCCAUCAGCAUCUCACAGCACGUUGUGCAAAGCUUUUGCAGCAUCAGCCUCAAUAAAACAUUUCCAGCUGAGAGAUGCUCUGGUACUCUGCAAUAAAUGUAACCAUCUCCUCAUGAGCUCUGUGUGAGGU